UCAGUUUGACAGCAUACCCUGCUUGUCGAGCCUGUGUUUAUAUUUUUUAGAAGAAUAAAUUUAAUAUUUCCUUGCAUGAAUAAUAAUUUACGUUGAUUCUGGACAAAUUAUUGACAUUGUGUAUAUUCUGUUGACUUAUUGUUGAAGAUAUUUUGAUGGUUUCAAUCUUAAUAGGCAAGAAAUAGUUGAUUGAAGAUGUCGGGGGAUGCGGCGGCGGGUGCGUCGCAAGUGGUGCUGGUGACGGGCGGCUACGACCACACCAUCAAGCUAUGGCAGGCCCACAGUGGCGUUUGCUUGCGGACCAUGCAACAUCCGGACUCGCAAAUAAAUGGCCUAGAAAUAAGACCUGAUGGGCAGAUGGUGGCCGCAUGUGGGUACCAACACAUACGCAUGUAUGACCUCGCUAGCACCAACCCAGACCCUGUCAUGAACUACGAGGGUGUUAGCAAGAAUGUUUCUAGAGUUGGAUUCUCAGAAGAUGGUAAAUGGAUGUAUACAGGUGGUGAAGAUUGCACAGCUAAAAUUUGGGACAUAAGAGUGGGCCGGCAGUUCCAAUGCCAGCGGAUCUUCCAAGUGCCAGCACCGGUGAACGCCGUGAUCAUGCACCCGGACCAGACGCAGAUCAUGGUCGGCGACCAGAGCGGCAUCAUACACGUGUGGGACCUGCGCACCGACCAGAAUGAACAAUUGAUACCGGAAGCAGAAGCGUCCAUCCAAGACAUCGCGAUCGACCCGGAAGGGCGCAUGAUGGCCGCCGUGAACAACAAGGGCAGCUGCUACGUGUGGGCGCUGGGCGGCGCGCCGCCGCGGCCCGUGCCGCGCAAGCACCUCGUCGCGCACAACAAGUACGCGCUGCGCUGCCGCUUCAGCCCCGACUCCACGAUGCUAGUGACGACCAGCGGGGAUUGCACAGCGCGCGUGUGGCGUACUAGUGAUUGGGGCCUACAACGAGAACUGCGCCACGACUCCCAACGCUGGGUGUGGGACUGCGCCUUCAGUAACGACGAGCGAUACUUGUUCACUGGUUCUUCGGACAGCUACGCGCGUCUAUGGGACUUGGAGAAAGGCACGCUGGAGCGCGAGUACUGCGGACACCAGAAACCCAUCACCGCGCUCGCCUUCCGCGACCAGGCCGUCUAGAUAUAACCCAUUAUAUUCAGAAAAGUCAGAGAUCAGAAAUAUUUUAAAUAGAAGAGCAAACUAAAUGCUGCCUCAAGGAAGAUCAGAUAUAUUUUCCAGAGAAGAGUUAACAGCUCACAAUAAAUCUUUCGUUUUAAAAAAGUUUUCUUGAGAGAGCAGCUAACUAAAUAUAAAGAUCAAAAAUGUGUUAAGAUAAGAGUCAAUUAAAUGUAAACUCCUAAAUAUUCAGGUAAGAGCAGAACAUUUUAGAAUCGACAGCCUACAAGUCAUCAGUUAUAAGAAAGUCUCACAGAAUAUGGUUCGACUGGUCUAAACUUGCUAAGUGUUGAAUGCAGGCAAUUCUUAAUUUAGAAAGCGCUCUGUGGCAAGUAGGGUAUUUUCAAACUUUUAAAUGUAACAGAUUGCACUCAACUGAGGCCGUUCGCGAAGGGAUGCAUUUGUUUAAUAUGGCGCCCGUUUUUCAUGUCUACUAGUCACAACCUAAUGGAGUUAAAAAAAUAGCUACUUUAAUUGUCCCAAAAAAAAUUUUUUGUACAGCAUGUAAACUGGGGUACUGGGAAGUAAUGAAACAGUUCUACUAAUGAGUUAAAUUAAUCAAUCCGUCGAUUAUACAUACAAAGUUCAACGUAAUCAAAGAAAUUGGAAUUUAAUUUACAGUAAGAAAUUAAAUGAUUCUAAAUGUUUACGAAAUUUAUAAAAUCUUAUUAUACUAAAAUAGAAUAUGAAACAAUGGAUGUAUUUUGAUUAUUUAAUUACGAUAUUUAUCAUAUUUUUCAAUUGAUUUAAAAGUCUUGUAUAUUUGAGUACCAAUAUGUGUUAUGAUUUCUCUAUUUAUGAAGUGUAGCGAAGCAAGCUAUCCACUGCCGAUUAUGAUAAAUGAUAACAAAUGCGUUGUACAGACAAUGUACAAUAAUUACCUAUUUAGAUUACUGUGCCAUGCACUGACAUUGUACAUAUUUACAAUAAGAUUGAAUUGUUAAGUUUUUUGUAAGUUCCUACAUAAUAAAUGUAAUUAUCAAGCCACAUCUUUUAUUUCAUACAAUUACUAGGAAUUAUUUAACUUGGUGCAGAAAUUAAUUAAUUUCUUGGAAUUUUAUGUACAGAUAAAUAAUUGAACAAAUAUAUUUCAAUACAUUUAUUUUAAAUCAAGAUAUAAUACAACUCACAGUCCACAUUAUAUAAAACUGCUCAAACGAUAUAUAUUGUACCUAUAACCUCCAGCAUAUCACAAAUAUGUAUUCUUAAUCAGACGGCACGAA